AUGCUUAUGGAUAUAAAGGACAAUGGCUCAAGGAUCCUGAGACAUAUUCUGAAAAUAAGAAAUGAAGUCAGCACUUUGUAUGAAUAUUAUAGUCUGAAGAACUCGAAUCACUUCCAGGCUAAGAAGUUCUACAUGGAAGUCCUGCAACAUAUGCCUAAGGUGGAGUGGAGAGGCCUUGUGAGUAACAACAAAGCCAGGCCUAGGGUUGUGAUUGUGUUGUGGCUUGCUUGCCAGAAAAGAUUGGCCACCAAAGAUAUAUUGGUGAAGUUUGGAAUCAAAACGGAUCUCAAGUGCGUUUUCUAUGAUUGUGCUGAAACAAUUCAUCACCUUCUUUUUUAUUGCAGGUAUACAAAAAGGAUCUGGGGGGAUAUCCUAGAGUGGAUAAAUAUUAGCCACACCAUUCAAGGGUGGAACCAGGAGCUUACUUGGCUGGUAAAAUUUUGCAAGAGUAAGAACUGGAGAAGUUAA